AUGAGCUCUACGUUUGCGAACCGGAGGAAGCCUCGCAAGAUUGGCGGCGAUGAUGAAGAACACGAUGAAGGUGGCGGACAAGAACCAGUUGUUAAGCGACCGAUGCAUCCCAAAAUGAAGCAAAAGCCGAAAUUGCGCCUAUCUUUCGGUCCCGGAGGGACAUCGAUGAACGACGAUGCCGAACAAGAAAGCGAGGUCAUAUUGCCUAAACGGUCCGGUUUGGGAAGACGAGCAGUCGAGAAAAGUGCGGUACAGCGAGGUCUUGCAUCGUCUGGGUUAUCUGAUAAAGUUCAAUUCAAAGUCGGAUUGGAACAGGAGAGGCCAAGCUACAGUGAGGAUUACUUGAAGGAACUCCGGGAUUCGCAGCCUGCGACGCCGAAGAACAUGACAGAAAAGGAGAAGGAAAGUACGGUUGAUGUGGCUGCAAAAUUUGGAGAGGUCAUGAAGGUGACAGCGCCAUCGGCCAUUCCCAGCGAAGCGGAGAUCAGGGAGAAGAAGGAAAGGCGCGCGCGGCUGGCCAAGGAACACGGUUAUGGGGCGAAAGAGGAAGAUUAUAUUGCAUUAGACGACGCUGCGCAGGUCGAUGAGUGGGAUCCAGAGAGCUUAGCAGAGGAGAGGGACACCCGGUUGCUCAGGGACGACGAAGACUUCGCGGAAGGUUUCGAUGAAUUCGUGGAGGACGGCCGAAUCUCUCUUGGACGGAAAGCAGAGCGCGAGCAGAAGCGGAAACAACGUGAAGAAAUGAGGGAACUGAUCAACGAAGCUGAGGUACCUUCCGACGAGGACGAUUCGGAUCUGGAGGAAAAGGCCGCCUACGAGGCCCAUCAGACAAGAGCCGCGAUGGGUAAUGGAGGACGUGAUCGAGUAGAUCGACCAAGGACUCCACCCAAGAUGGCUGCACUUCCGCGUCUCUCGAACAGCAUGGAUCGUUUCCGCGCCAAUCUUGCUGUAAUGGAGAAGUCAAGAUCACAGAUGAUCAACCGCAUGGAAGAUUUGAGGAAGGAGAAAGCAGAUAUAGCUGCACGAGAAGUGGAAAUCCAGGCUCUAAUCAAGGAGGCCGGGGACAACUAUGAGAAACUCAGGUUGGAAGCUGGACUCACACCCGAUGAAACGUCUGAGAUGCAAAAUUCGCGAGGACUAGAGACUAUCGGUGCCCCAAUGGCAAUAACUGCAGGCAAUUCUGAAAGCGAAUCUUGA